AUGACGCCCGAACGGCGCGUCGAGGUCGAGAGGAGCAUGAAGCGCAAGCUGGAUGCGCGCUGCUCCAUCUUCAUCCUUCUAUACAUCAUGAACUAUCUCGACCGCAACAACAUCGCCGCCGCCCGCCUCAAGGGCCUGCAGGACGACCUGAACCUGUCCUACAACGAAUAUGCCACCUGCCUCAGCAUCCUCUACGUCGGCUACAUCCUGAUGCAGGUGCCCUCCAACAUGGCCAUCAACCUCGUCUCGCGGCCGUCCAUCUACAUCAGCUGCUCGAUGCUGCUAUGGGGACUGGUCUCGACCCUCUCGGGCAUCGUGACGGGCUUUGGCGGCAUGGUCGCCAUUCGCUUCUUCCUGGGCUUCAUUGAGGCCACGUUCCUCCCCGGCGCUCUGCUCAUCUUGUCGAAGUGGUAUACGCGUCGCGAGCUGACCACCCGCAACGCUCUCUUGUUCUGCGGCAAUCUCAUUUCCAACGCCUUCUCGGCCCUGGUCGGAGCCGGCGUCCUGUCCAACAUGCAGGGCGUGUUAGGCCAUGCCGCCUGGCGAUGGCUGUUUUUCAUCGAGGGCGCCGCCACCAUGUUCAUCGCCAUCGUCGCCGUCUUCAUCCUGCCCGACUUGCCACACAACACGCGCGGCUUCACCGAGGAGGAGCGCUACGUUGCGCAGCUGCGCAUGACCGAGGACGUUGGCAUCGCCGACAGCGACGAGGGCCAAACCGUCUUCACCGGCCUGAUUAUGGCGCUCAAGGAUCCCAAGGUCUAUCUGAUGAUGUUCACGCUGACCGCUUACGUCGUCGGUCUCUCUUUCAACGCCUUUUUCCCUACCCUCACCGGCACCCUCGGCUUCAGCUACGUCCCGACCCUGCUCAUGUCCGCCCCACCCUGGGUCUUUGCCUGUCUCGUCUCGCUGCUCAACGCGUGGCACUCGGACCGCACGCAGGACAAGUUCUGGCACAUCACGCUGCCCAUCCUGCUGGGCCUGGUCGGUUUCGUCAUCUCCAUGUCGACGCUCAACACGGCCGCGCGCUACCUCGCCCUCUUUUUGCAGGCCAGCAGCUACGCCGGCUUCAUCGUGUUUUACUCGUGGAUUUCGUCGUCGUUUCCGCGGCCGCCCGCCAAGCGGGCUGUGGCGAUUGCCAUGAUCAAUGCGUUCAGCCAGCUUGGCAAUGUCGCGGGCUCGUAUGUGUGGAACUUGACCGAGGAUGGGUUCCGUAAGAGCUAUGGGAUUGUUACGGCUAUGUUUGGAGUUACGAUCCUGGGGUGUGCGGUGUUCAAGAUGGUGUUGGUGAGGAUGAACCGGCUGUUGGCGGAGGAGGAAGAAAGGGGUGCGGCUGGGGGUGGUAGUGAGAAGGGCGUUGAGACGGCUCCGGGCCCGGAGACGCUGAGUAAAGGGUUCAGGUACUUGGUGUAG